AUGGCGCCAGAGAGACCACUUCCUGUGGAGACCCUGUUGCCCUUCAAGCAAAACCAUUCCCCCGAAACACGGGCCAUUCUCCAAGAUGCUCAGCUCCAAGACUCGAACAGCCACAGCCAGUCUCCAGAAAGCCAGGAAGAAGAUGACGGCUCAGGCAACGAAAAGCCCAAACGGCAGAAGAGAUCACGUGCGUGUAUCGCCUGCCGAAACAUGAAGAUCAGAUGUCUUCCGGUCGACGGCCAAGAGGCCUGUAAAGCAUGCGCCAAAGUCAAUCGUCAGUGCGUAAUGCCUGGUCCUCCGCGGAAACGACAGAAAACGGUCCACAAGGUUGCCGAAUUGGAGAAGAAGAUCAAUGCGUUGACGGACGCUUUGUUAGCCAAACAACAGUCAACAGACGGGAGUAGGCCCGAGGAUGAAUCGCCUCCCAAAGAUGCUCCUACAACUGGAAGCUCGGAACCACCCAAGACUGAUGACACCUCCAAUACCAGUCUAGACACCUAUCAGCGAAGUCUCAUUGACAGGGUAGUUCCACAACCUACUCAACCUGAAUUUAGCAGAGGUUGCGGUCCGGUCAAUGUCGAAGGUGUUGCCAAGGACGACUACGUGGAUGUCAUUGAUCGAGGUGAUCUAAGCAUCGAGACUGCGACAGCAAUGUUCAAUCACUGGGCCAAGGACAUGUGCUCGUCUUGCCCAUACGUCGUCUUUUCCCCCGACACAGACCUCCAGGAACUUCGAAGGACCCGGCCUAUCACCUUUCUAACCAUUUUGGCAGUUGCAAGCCCUGUAGUUCAACCAUCCGCUCAGCCAGCGCUUACCAUUGAGAUCAACCGACAGAUAGCAGAACGUGUCCUCUUCCAUGGCGACAAAUCACUGGAUAUGAUUCAGGCGAUGCUGCUGAAUUCUCAGUAUUACGUACGGCCGCGGACGGCGAGGGAUCUUGCCUUUAAUCAAAACAUCCAAUCAGCGAUUUCUAUGUCUCUGGAAUUAGGAAUAGGCAAGAGGUCAAAGCUAAAAAGAAGUCCCGCUGAAGAAGUUGAACUCUGUCGCACAUGGUUGGCCUGUUAUCAGGCCAAUAUAAACGUCACCACUAUCCUUCGACUUCCGACCCUCCUAAGGUUUAGUCCACGCAUUGAAGAAUGCCUGGAGACACUCAGAACCAGCCCUCAUGCAGCUCCAAGCGACAGAUGGCUGUGUGCCACCGUGGAACUAGCCCGUCUUGCCGAGGAAGUAUCAGCAGCUUUCAACAUGGACGACCCCGGUGCCGAUCUCAACUUUACGGAGCCGAGAGUGCAGUAUCAGUUGAAGUGUUUUCAAAGACAAUUGCAGCAAUGGGAGAAGACUGUCGAUGCCGCUGUGGAUCAACGACUUGUGCGUCACCAAUCAGCAUGCCUCAACCUGUAUAUCCACGAGAUCGCGAUCCACUACGACCACAACGUAGACGAUUUCCGACCACUGCCUCAGCUAGAGCAACGCAGAGCGCCCGACUUCAUAACCUCUGGUCACGUCCAGGCUUUAUCGACUCUCCUAGCGAGUAGCCACCAAGUGCUGGACACCUACCUCUCACUUGAGGUUGAGUGUGCUCGAAAUCUGAGCAAUCUCUACAUUGUCUGGAAUGCAUACGCCGUUGUGGUAUUGGUCAAACUGCACUGGAUAUUCAACUCGCCGGACUCCAGAUUCGGCUCGGUCUUUGUACCUGAUCUGAAGACCGGAUACUACCUGGAUGCUAUUCUCAACAGACUAGGUGAAGUGUCAGCCGGCGGCUCAAAUCCCUGUGCAGAGGCCUUCGGAUUCGUAUUCAUGAAGCUCAAAAUCUGGCAUAUGCAUAGAACAGGACAGCUCUCGGAUGAUGAACAAGGCCACGAUGACCAGUCGCGACGUCAACGGGCGUCCAGCAUCCUGCGGCAAGAUACCGCUUCCAUCCUCGCUUCCGCAAAGCAGAUGGAAUACCCUGGGAAUGCUGUGAAUCUGCAGCCGACACGGCCGUUUACACCGGCUCUGCUUCCAGGAGGAGCUUGGUCGAAUGUCGACAAAUUUGGCUCAAACUUGAACGCGGCGUAUGACGCUGCGAGUUACGGCAACACCAAUUGGGAUCAGUUCAACUUCAGCACAGAAGAAUUGGACAUGUUUGAUAUAUACAUGAACAACAGCGGAUGGAUGGGGUAUCUACUUUAG